GAAACCUUCGUUUGCUGCAACGAAUACCAGUAGUAGUUUCAAGUGUUAGUCCCACCUUAUAAUUUUGUAGGAGUCCAAUUCUCAAUCUAUCUCUCUUUCGUUAAACCAAAGUUUCUCCUCUCUUACUUCUUUUCGCCCCAAUAUUUUCUGAUAACCUUACAUGGGUUGCAAACUUAGCAACAUUUAUACCAAAUAAUACCGUAAUUGAGCUCAUAAAAGCGUACUCAUAACACCAUCACUCCAUCUUCUUCGUUCCCUAUAAUAAAAUCGCGCAUGACCAAGAAAACUGGAUACUUUCGACUCGUGCUAAGGAAAAUCUCUUUUAGUUCAGUCCGUGCCACGGAACUGUGAUUUUCAUUGUAGCCCGUACAACAACAAUAAUAAUAAUAACAAAGACGACAACACAGUAUAUAACCCGAGAAGCUAUGUGCCCCGCGAAUGAAUCUGGGGCAAUUACCGAUAGUAACCCGUUGAUCCGAACUGGUAUAGAAGAAAAGCAAGAAUGUGACAAUGUUAGCAGCAACCAACCACAUUUUCAUGGUAUCCUCCAUCGUCUCCCAUUGAGCGAGUUAGCAGAGGAUCUGAGAUCACUUGGGAAGAUUGUAUGUCCAGUAACAACAAUGACAUUGUUGCUCCACUCAAAAUCUGUCAUCUCCAUGCUAUUUCUCGGUCAUCUAGGAGACGCACCGCUAGCAGGAGGAGCUCUAGCAAUCAGCUUUGCUAAUAUUACCGGAUUUUCAGUGAUAAAAGGCAUGAGCAUGGGAAUGGAACCUAUCUGUUGCCAAGCUUUUGGGGCAAAGAAAAUGUCAGUUAUUAGCCAAACAUUUCAAAGAACUCUUUGCUUGCUCCUCCUUACCGCGAUUUUCAUCUCUUUCCUUUGGCUCAACAUGGAACCAAUCCUCUUGUUUCUUGGCCAAGACAGAGAUAUUAUUGAUGUUGCCAAACUCUACUUGCGAUUCUCCAUCCCUGAGCUUAUUGCUCAGGUUCAUCUCCACCCUUUAAGGUCCUUCCUAAGGACACAAUGCAUUACAAAACCGUUAACUAUUGCUACUUCAAUAUGCCUAUUCUUUCACCUUCCAAUCAACUACUUUUUCGUCAUAUAUCUCAAGUUAGGUGUUAAGGGUGUUGCAUUAGGAUCAGCGUGCAACACUAUAAAUUUGGACAUCAGUAUUCUCAUUUACCUCCUAUGUUCGAACAUGGAGCUCAAGCCAUGGCACGGUCUAACUAUUUUCUCUCCGUUUCAAGGUUGGAAAAUGGUGCUAAAUUUAGCAUUACCAAGUGUGUUAUCAGUAUGUUUGGAAUGGUGGUGGUAUGAAAUCAUGCUCUUCCUCUGUGGGUUGUUACAAAAUCCCAAAGCCAGUGUGGCGGCAAUGGGGAUACUCAUACAAACAACGGGGCUUCUGUAUGUGUUCCCACACGCGCUCAGCAUGGGCCUAUCAACGCGUAUAGGACAUGAGCUAGGAGCAAGUCAGCCCAAUAAGGCUCAACGAUUGGCUGUCCUUGGGUUAGUUUCAGGCUUAACUAUGGGUGUGACAGCUUUCGGACUCACUAUAGUAGUGAGAUCAGUCUGGGGGAAGAUGUACACUUCAGAGCCAGAAAUUCUGUCUUUAAUUUCAGUAGCACUUCCUGUUCUGGGGUUUUGUGAGAUCGGAAACUGUCCACAGACAGCUGCCUGCGGGGUUUUGACAGGUUCAGCAAGGACUAAAAUAGGUGCAAAAAUUAACUUUGUGGCGUUCUACUUGGUUGGCUUACCUGUAGCAGUUGCUAUGGCAUUUUGGGUCAAGGUUGGAUUUAUCGGUCUGUGGUUUGGGCUCGCAGCAGCUCAAGCCGCUUGUAUGUGCAUGAUGAUAUAUACAUUGAUCACAACGGAUUGGAGACAUCAGGCAAAGAGGUCUGAGGAGUUAACACAAGUAGCAGAGGAAACUGAGGACUUGGAAACAGGACUCUUAUCUUGAGGUUUUCAUGGCUAAGUAAAUAUGAAUUGGUCUUUUUUGGGGGUGCAAACUGCAAUUUUUUUGGAGGAGAUUUAUUUCUGGGACGGUAAAAUCCUCGGUCAAGGAAACGGAAGGAGAAAUAAUAACAACGGAUUUCAUAGAGUUUAUUAUGCAACGAAAAAUUACUACUAUACUAACAUUUUGUACAGCAGGCGAAAACCGCCUUCUAUGAAUAUUGCUCCCUUAACAGAGUAAGGGAUCACAAUGUACCUUCUCUAUACCAAAUUUUGCGAGUUUUAUUAAUACCAAUUGGCUAUCUUAGUCUUCGAGUGUACAAAAGGGUGAAAGUUUAUCUAUCUUAAUCAGCUCAAACAAACAAGUAACAACCCAUGAUCGGUAUAGAAAGGCAUUCUCCAUUGCUCCAGUAUAAACAAAAAUAUACGAAGUAUAGUUUACUCUUGUUAUUUCCGGUGAUGUUCCAUGUCUACUAGAACCGCCGUU